UGCUUAUGCGUUAUGCUUUAUGUAAAAGCUUGUGCUCUCGGCUUAUGAGUUUUAAUCGUCUCGAGUGAAAGAAGAGGCAUAUUUAAAGAGUCAGAAUCGUUAAAAAUUUUAGACUAAACUAAUGUGAACGUGCAUAAUGCAAUAAUAGUUUUUUAGGCUUUCGUACAAAUAUGAAAUAGAUGUAUAAUGAAUAUCAAAAUGUGUAGCAGAUGAGAAGUAAUUUCACCAUGGCUACUUGGAUCAGCAUAUCUUCAAAAUUAGAGCAAGGUUUAAAAAUAGUAUCUUGCUUGGACAAUAGCAAAUUUCGACUUCUUGUCAAUCGUAUAUGUCAUAGUCUGCAAUCUAACAUCGAUACAAAAGUAUUCAAUGAAGAGGAGGAAGAAAAGUUGCUGGUUUCUUUAGAUUUGACAAAAGAUGAAUUAAUUCUUUUACUGGAUACUAUUACAUCAAUUUAUACACAAGCUGCGUGUAAUAUUAUAAAACCAUCUGUCAUGGAGGCAGUUAUGAAGGAUAAUUUUAAGAUAGAUGAAGAAAAAAUAUCAAUCUUUACAAGUGCAUGGGUGACUUAUAGGAAAGACAUCAUAGAGAAUCUUAGGCAAAAAUCUAUUUUUCCUAUUCAGCUGAAAGAUAUUAACUGGCACCUCAAUGUCCAAUCAUCAUCUUCUACAAUUUCAAAGGAUGCACGACCUACUGCAUUGCUCCAAUUAAGUCUAACUGGUGAUCAGACAUCUACUUUGACAAUGGAGUUCGACAAAAAACAAUUGACAGAUCUCUAUUGUAACUUGGAAAAAAUUCAAACUCAGCUAGAUGCUCUUAAAUAGAUUAAGGUCUACAGUAAACAUAUGUAUAUAAAUCCAUCUAUAUACUUUCCUCUAAAUAAAAAAUAAAGUAUUUAAUUAUAUAUAACUAA